AUGAGCUUCAUUGCCAGACGAGGGAUCUCUACCCUCAUUCCCCCAAAGAUUGCCUCUCCUUCGGCAAUUGGUGCUGCUAAGGAUGCUGCUCGCAUGGAACGUGUGAGCGACUUUUACGCCAGACUCCCACGCGGUCCGGCCCCCGAGGCCAAGCCCUCUGGUCUUUUUGCUCGUUACCAGGCCGCAUACUUUGGCAAGAACGCUUCUUCUGCUCCUCUUGUCCAUCUAAUUAUUGGCCUGACCCUCGUCGGCUACAGCAUACAAUACGUUACCCACCUCCGCCACCACAAGAACAACCCUCACUAG